AUGGCUCAAUUGACUAUAACUUACAAAAACGACGAUAGAUUGGAGGAGAGUGGGGUAUUUCUCUCAGAGUUGAAUAAGAUAAAAAAGGAAGGGAAUAGAUUUGAGAGGUUUUCUUCCAUAUCUGAUUUGGCAGCUCUUAUUAAGCAGGAAUCAUUCAAAACUAUAUGUAUUUAUUUUUCAUCUGGAGCAAUUCUUGGCGAAGUUUUAACAUUUGAGUUUUUGAAAGAUUUUUAUGGGAUAUUGGACUUUGGGUCAGUUUUCAAGGUGAAUAUAUUAUCUGUGGAUUUUCCUGAUAAAAUUAAAGUUUUUGAAAGAAAUUUAUUAUUUUCUGGAUUUAUUAAGGUUAACAAAAUAGAAAAUGCUGUAUCAAAUUCACCUGAAGGUGGCUUUGAAAUGAUUGUUAAAGCAGAAAAACCCAGUUGGAAGCUUGAGGAAGGUAAAGUGCUGGUAGAUGAUAUUGAUUUAGAAAGAUCAGUGCCAGAUAUAAAAAAUUAUGUGCAGCUUGGGCAAGGAAAAGAAAGCUGUAAAUCAAAGGAAAGAGCUUGCAAAAAUUGUAAUUGUGGGAGAGCGGAUCUUGAGAAGGAAAUUGGAGUUGAGGCUGCAAGAAAAGUUUAUCAGGAAAAGGUUGAGACUGGAACAGCUCGCUCAAGUUGUGGAAACUGCUAUUUAGGCGAUGCAUUUAGAUGUUCUGGAUGUCCCUAUAAAGGGAUGCCAGCAUUUAAACCUGGAGAGAAGGUUAGUUUGGCAAAUGCUGAGGGGGAUGCUAAUGAUCGUACUGUUGACAUGAAUAUGAUUCAGGAGGAGCAAGUGAAUCUAAUUACUACUACUUCUGUUAAUGCUGCUUCCGAGUCUAGUCAAAUCCAGAAUGUGGGAGGGGUUUUGAAGCUUAACAUUUAA